GUAGAAUGAAAAAGCAGUAGUUUUCCUCCUUUUAAGUUGCUUUGCCGAGGAAAAUGACAGCACGUUAAUCGUCAACCGCGGACUACAACCUAUUCUGUACUAUUUCCUACUGACUCAAUUGAUGUCUGACCUACAUAUAAAAUAACUGUUCGGGGUGUGUAUGGGAAAGGAGAGAGCGAAGGUAACUGAAUAAGAAUAAAGUACGGGAUGAGACAGAAGAGCGGGGCAAGGAGAGAAGAAAAGUAAAGAAAGAGACACCGUCAGUGUCCCGGUAAACAACCAACCACCGGGCUGACCAAUCAGAUGACAACAUGAAGCCCAUCAAGAGUCAAGGCAGGCGCUCCCCGCCCUCCACCAGGGCCAAGGGGGGGAAGAGGAGAGGGGUGGGGGGCGACAGCCUGGACGGGGGCGAGAAGAGAGACUCGGACGAAAACAGAGACCAUGCACCCUCCCCCAGGGGCCACACCUCCCCAGAUUCCUCUCAGGAGGAGCCUAUUUUGUCGCAGACCAUGGGCCAUGCCCACAGAGAGGAGUGUGGGAAUGUGUCCGAGGAGCAUCCGAGGACCCUGGGAACACACAACGACAGCAGCAGUGGCGGUAGCAGCACGGCUAGCGCCAACAACAGCCCUAACCCCGCCUCCAGCCGCAAGACCGCCACCUUCAAGGCCCGCGUUCCCAAGAAGAAGUACACGUCGGAGCACUGUGCCAUCGCCGUCGGCAACCCCAGCACGCCACCCCUGCAGCAGAACAGCACCGGCAGCACUGUGGGUGGAGUCCACGGCAGUAUGGUGGGCCGACAGUCUUCAUCAUCCUCGUCGUCAUCCUCCUCCUCAGGCUCGGCUUCGAUGACAGGAGAGAGUGGGGUACAGUGCAGAGACAGCAGGGGGGCAGGAGAGGAAUACCCCAUCUUCAGCAGAGUCCCUCAGGGCAUUGCCUCUGACCUGACAGCCCUGGAGAGGGGGAGAGGGGCAGACAGGGAGCGAGAGGCGCCCCCCCCCAGCCCUGUGGUGCGAUGCUCCUCCACGGACACGGCCAGCGAGCACUCUGCCGACCUGGAGGUCAGUGACCCGCGGCCCCACCCCGCCGACAUACGCCCCCAACACACACCCCCAGGGCCCGCCCCCGGGGCUCACACACUCAUGCAUGCCCCCCGGAGCCUGCCAGAGGCCCUGGCCGAGACCCUGGCCAAGGGGCUGAAGAACCAACGCGUCUUGGCUCGGCAGGCGUGCGCGAAGGCAGGGGAGACGGGCGAUGAGGUGGAGCGGCGGAGGGGGGAGGGCGAGGCCGCCAUGGACUUCGUGUUCCGAGCGGGCGUCGUGCGGAGGGUGAGCGGCGAGCACGGCAGCCUGGAGGUUCAGCUGAAUGGCGAGAAGGGCCUGUGCCGCUACCCGUUCUGCGAGGGCCCGCGAGAGGAGCCUGUAGACAUCGUCCUGGAUGCCCCGCCCCCAGGCUCCCAGCCCGUAGCCAUCGGCACUGGCGUGUGCGUUCCAUUCGGAAGCGGGGCCGCUGAGGACCUCGGCGAGCCGCAGAGGCAGUGGUACCGGGAGGGUGUGAUCACCCAGGUGGACAGCCACCCCGCCGUGGCAUACCCCUACCGCGUGCUGCUGUGCGAGGACAGGAGAGCGCCCUCCGGUGGCGAGGACGGGGUCAGCAGGGCCGCCGUGGGCACCACGCAGGCCGUGUGGGUCUCCCGACAGAGCCUGCGUCUGCUGGUGCCCCCCUGGGACCUGGACCUGCCCGGGGGCGGGGAAACAGGGCCGGAGGGCGACGGAGAGAGGGGGAUGGAGAGGGAGGACAGGGAGGAGAUGGACGUGGAGCAGGAGCUGUGUAGUCUGAGUCGAGGGAUGGCGCCGGGCAUGGGGUCUGUGUUGGGGCGUGGCGGGCUCUCCUACCCUGCCACAGCUCCGCCUUCCUCCUCCUCCUCCACCGUCAGCUCCCCUGUGACCCCCGCCUCUGUGCUCAGCCUGGGGCCCGCCAGAGACUGGGACAGGGACCUGGAGAGAGAGAGGGACAUCCAGAGGAAACAGGAGAGAGAGAGGGAGCGAGAGAGGCCCAAACACCAUCCCUUCCUUCCUCUCACCCCCGAAGAAGACAUGGAGGUGUCCCACUUCAGCAUGGUGCCAAUUGGGGCAACCAUACCAAGCGUCAAGGUCAUGGGGGUGUCCCAGCACCGACCCAUCCUCUCCAAGCCCCCCCCAGGCUACCUCAGCCCCCACCUCUCUGUGGUGCGAGGCAUCGGGACUCCCCUGGGCCCCCACCUGGCCCUCAACCCGCACCCCCCUCCCUCCCCAGUGCUUCUAGGCCUGGAUUCUGCCGCGGUGGGAAUGGGGGUCAUCUCUACCCCCCAGCUCCCCCCUCUCCCCCCUAUUUCCUCCUCCUCCUCCUCCUCCAGACCCUCCCAGGAGAAGACUCCCUCGGCCUCCGGCGGGGGGGCGGGGUCGGGGUCGUCUUCGCGCUCCCGGACACCUCUGACGGCCGCCCAGCAGAAGUACAAGAAGGGCGACGUUGUGUGCACGCCCACGGGCAUCCGCAAGAAGUUCAACGGCAAACAGUGGAGGCGCCUGUGCUCCCGCGAGGGCUGCUCCAAGGAGUCCCAGCGCCGGGGCUACUGCUCCAGACACCUCUCCAUGAGGACCAAGGAGAUGGAGGCCAGCGGAGGGGGGGUCCGCGACCGCGGCGGGGCCAGCAGCACCGGCACCCUCACCCCCUCAGACCUGCGGCUCGGAGGGGGCAGGACCAGCUCCGAGUUUGACUGGGACGAGACGUCGAGGGACAGCAGCGAGGCCAGCAGCAGGGGUGGAGACUCCAGGCCCCGCCUCGUCCUCCCCUCCCUCCUGCCCCAGGACCUGUCUCGCUUCGACUUUGACGAGUGCGAGGCGGCGACCAUGUUGGUUUCCCUGGGAAGCUCUCGCUCCGGGACCCCCUUCUCCCCCAUAUCCAACCAGUCGCCAUUCUCCCCCACCCCCUCGCCCUCCCCUUCCCCUCUCUUUGGCUUCCGCCCUGCCACCUUCAGCCCCAUCGCUGCUCCGCCCUCCCUUACCCCGAGGCGUCACCGCCACCUCAGCGGCACCAAGAUGGGCACCCCCGGCUCGGACCGCGAGCGUCACCUGUCGGGCAUCGUGCCCACCUUCCAGACCAACCUUACCUUCACAGUGCCCAUGAGCCCCAGCAAGCGCAAGCUGGACGCUCCCCCUCCGCCCCUGCCCCUGCACGUGUCCCAGGACUACGCCAAGCCAGAGCAGCUGGGGGCGCUGGUGGGCAGCGAGGCCUUCCGCGUCCUCUCCCCCCAGAGCCAGCCCACCACCCCUUCCUCCCUCUCCUUCCCCCGUCCCCGCAGUGCCACCAGCCGCCCCCCCUCCUCCGCCGCCUCCACCCCCCCUCCCAUGCUGGUGUCCCCCACUCCGCCCUCACCCCUCCCCCAGGAGCCCAGCCCCCGUCGCCUCGUGCCCCUCCGGGACUCCCCCGUCAUCGUCAGGAACCCGGACGUCCCCCUGGCUAAGUUCUCCGACGGCCCCCUGGCGAGGAGGGAGCGACGGAGCCGCGAGCUGAGCCAGCCCCCCCAUCUGUCCUCCGGCCUUCAGGCGCCCGUCCCCAUCAACGGCGCCGCCACCAACGGCGCUGUGCUCCUCCGAAACCCCACCUCCACGCUGGUCCUCGUCACCUCCUCCCAGUCACUCACGCCUGCGACCUCCCACUCCAGCCCCGCCUCCAGCGGCUCCAUGGCAGGCUCCGCCCUCUCCGGCACCGGGGGCAGGGAGAGAGACAGGAAGUCAGGGGGGCACCAAGAUGGCAUUGGGGGGGUGCUUCCCCAGCCGGUGGCAUGCCACCCCUCCCCCACGGCUCUGCUGCCCCUCAUCCUGCCCGCUGAGUCACCUCAUCCCGCCCCUCGCAAGGACAUCAUCAUGGGACGCCCGGGCACAGUUUGGACCAAUGUGGAACCCCGGUCAGUCCCUGUGUUCCCCUGGCAUUCAUUGGUUCCUUUCCUGGAGCCCAGCCAAUCGGCUGCUUCUGCCCACCCUGCUGAUAGCCAAGAGCUUGUCAAUCAAAGCAAAGAGCCUCGUUGUGCCGUGGCCCUGGUGGGUGAUGGGCAGGCGGCUCCACCAGACACAGAGCGGGGAUCUCCCUCAUGCCCGCCUCCCGCAAGCGACAGCCAACCAGCAGAGAUGGGCAUAGCUGACAGCGAGACAGAGAGUGACGCAGAUGACCCGUUCUUCCCAAGUGUGUCAGAACCUCCGUCCUCUACUGGUCCUAUGAAGCGCAGAACACAGUCCUUGAGUGCGCUGCCCAAAGACGGAGACAGGAAGAGGGAAAAGGACCACAUUCGGCGGCCAAUGAACGCGUUCAUGAUCUUCAGCAAGCGCCACCGCGCUCUGGUCCACCAGCGGCACCCCAACCAGGACAACCGCACGGUCAGCAAGAUCCUGGGGGAGUGGUGGUACGCCCUGGGGCCCAACGAGAAGCAGAAGUACCACGACCUGGCCUUCCAGGUGAAGGAGGCCCAUUUCAGGGCUCACCCAGACUGGAAGUGGUGUAACAAGGACAGGAGGAAGUCUCUGUCUGAGGGGCGGGGCACCCCGGGGGCCAAGGAGGCCCGCGAGAGGAGCAUGUCUGAAAGCACAGAGCCCCCUCCUGUAUCCCAGGCGUCAGAGGGAAAGGCCGUGGCCUCAGGCUGGGCCGGUGGUGGGGCUGAGCGGCGAGUGGGCGGCCUCUACGGAGGCCAGGUGCCACGCCCCCGAGCUUUCUCCCAGAGCGCAGUUCACAACCUGGAGAGACAGGAGCCAGAGACAGGCCUGGAGAAGUUGUGUCAGGAAGGGACAGGGUCAUUCCAUAGCCGUCUCCCUCCCCUCUCUCUGUUGCAGCGCAGGACUAGCGAGGACGUAACCAGCGACGAGGAGCGCAUGGUCAUCUGUGAAGAAGAAGGGGAUGAUGAUGUCAUGGAGGAUUCCAUAGACCUGAAGUGCAAGGAGAGAGUGACUGACAGUGAGGAGGAUGAGCCUGAUGGACAGGGUGGCAGCCAGACGGGGCUCCACUCCUCCCUCCCUUCUCCGCCUCCACCCAGGAGAGCGCUGCGGGGGCAGCACAGACAGCUCUGGACCCGUGGCUCUCAGCGCACUCCCCCAAGAGAAAGCCACACUUCUUAUUGGAGGAGCAGGAGGCGGGGACAAUCACAGCAGGGGGGUGGGUACCUGUCCUCAUCCUACAAUUCGGUCAGUGUAGGCGGGGUUGGGCCCGGGGGAUUGGUCACCAGCCUUGUACUGGGAGGAUCUUUCCCUGCCCAGCCAGCCAUUCAGCUGAUAACCCUCCCCACCCGCUCUCCUGCACUGCUCAUAGCCUCUCCACUCCACCUUGCCCUCCCCCUGCUACAGCCACAGUUCCUCCCCGCCUCCUCGCUCACGCCCCCCGGCGCCAAACAGCCAGUCACACAGCUCCAGUACAUCUUGCCCACCCUCUCCGCCAGCAGCAACCCCAAGAGCCCCUCCCCCCAGCUACCCCAGCAGCCAACCAGCAUCCUCGCCCUGCCCUUCUCCCCGCCCACCCAUGUGUCCCUGGCCAAUGGAGUGCACUCGGGGGCAGUGGCAGCAGUGGGAGGGGUCAGCCCCGCAGCAAGAGUCCAAGCACAGUCUCCAGUCUUGCAGAGCAAGAUGCUGGUUCCCAUGGCAACAGUGAGAACAGGUUCUACUCCUCCUCAACCUAUUUCCCUGGUGGCCCCGCCCCUUCCUGUGCAGAAUGGCAUCCAGACAGGAAACAAGAUAAUCCAGAUAGCUCCCAUGCCAGUGGUCCAGACCAACGUCCAUCCCACUGGAGCAGUGCACACUGGGAACCCCUUCCCUGUUUCCAUGGCAACGGCGCUGAUGGCGCCGGGCUCCGCCCCGCCUCAGACAAUGCUGCUGAGCUCGCCCGCGACGAGGAUCACCUAUGUUCAGUCCCCCCCUGGGGUGGUCUCCACGGCAACCGUCCAAGCCCCCCCUCCAGAGCCCGCCUACCUGCCAUCUCCCCUGGCAACGCUGGGCUUCACUGCCAUCGCCCCAGCAGGCCAUACACUGGUUCAGCCAAUCGUAGCAGGCCAGCCUCCCAUGCUAGCCCCAGCCCCUCCCCGGUCAGCCAACAGCAGCUGUCCGUCACAACCUCCCGGCUCCGCCUCCAUGGGUCCAGGAGCCAAUCACCAGUUUCUCACUGCCAUUUACCCCUCCCCGAAUGUCACUCUGGCGACUGGAGUAGUUUCUAUGGCGACGGCGCCAGUGGUAGCCACAGCCGCCGCUCUGGCUGGUGUGCCGGGGGCGCUGGCACAGCCCGCUAGCGUGUGUCUGCAAGGGCUGAUGCCACACACACUCCUGGGGGAAGCAGAGCCUGGGCAGGACGACACAGGAGAGAGGCAGAGAGGGAAGGAGAGGGAGAUAAAGAGGGAGAACCUGGCCGACUGUACCACUGACGUGGAGGCGACAGCAGGUGUAAAGGAGGAAAGAGGAGCCCCUCGACGCAUCAAAGAGGAGAACACCAGCGAGGACUACGACUCCCCCCGCGAGAAGCAGCAGACCAGGGGCGACCGGGAGAGAGAGGGCGGCUGGGAGAGGGAGGUGAAGAAGGAGAGUGAAGGGGGCAGCUGGGAGGCCGGGAGGCCCAGGGAGAGGGACGAGCACAGCACACCGGACGGGCACAGCAGAGGAGGCAACAGCAAGGAGACUGGACCCAGGGACUCCCUCCCUCGCUCCCCUCUGCCCCCUCCCUCAGGAUUGGAAACUCCUCUGCCGCCACCUCCCUGUGACCGAGACCUCGCCCCCUCUGCCAAGAGGAUCAAGUUCCGCCCACCGCCACUCAAGAGGACCCCUGACUCAGUUGACAAGGUGCUCUCGGGGUCCUACUUUGAGGAGCGCUUUGCCGAGCUGCCCGAGUUCAAGCCCGAGGAGGUGCUGCCCUCCCCCACGCUGCAGAGCCUGGCCACCUCACCCCGCGUCAUCCUGGGCAGCUACCGCCGCAAGAGGAAGAACUCCACCGACCUGGACUCGUCAGCAGAGGACCCAGGCUCCCCCCGGAGGAAGACACGCCGUCUGUCCAGCUGCAGCUCCGAGCCCAGCACUCCCAAAAGCGCCACCACCAAGUGUGAGGGGGAGAUCUUCACCUUCGACAGAGCCGGAGCAGAAACCGAGGACGUUCUGGGGGAGUUGGACCGGGUCCCCUUCUCUUCCCUGAGGAGAACCCUGGACCAGCGCCGCGCUCUGGUCAUGCAGCUGUUCCACGAGCACGGCUUCUUCCCCUCAGCUCAGGCCACAGCAGCCUUCCAGGCCCGCUACUCAGACACCUUCCCCACCAAGGUGUGUCUGCAGCUCAAGAUCCGCGAGGUCCGGCAGAAAAUAAUGCAGACGGCCACACCCGGGACCGCCGACCUCGGGGGACCCACCGGGGUUGCAGCAACCGGCAACGACCCUGCCUCCGCUGGUGCACUGGGCUCAGCCAAUCCUCAGGCCCGAGAGGACAUCGGGGCGGAGCCAGGGGAGAGACGUCGGAGCCCCGAGGAACCCAGGAGCGAGGCGUAGGGGUCCCGCCAGACGGGAGAAGGUGGAGGAGCGGAGAGAAAAGAGAGAGACUGUGUAAAAAGUGAGGAAUGAGUGUUGACCCCGAGCAUGUCCUUGUACGCGUGGUAACAGGACUCCCUGUGGCGUCAGCGCUACAUUGGCACUACACUCAGCACAUUUGUAGUUUGUAUUUUAACACAGAGGCUUCUUCUCUCUCUCUCUCAAACACACACCAUAUAUUCACACAAAUAUUGAUAUACACAUGCUCACACAGCUUGGUGCAAUCUCUGGCGUGUACAAGGCUCAGCCGCACACACACACACACCUCCCACCAAGUAAAUCAGACUGUUACUACGGGAUGGCAUGCCCAAGAGCUGUCACCAGAACCACACACACGGCACUUUGUCACUGGUGCAGAGGCAGGAUGCAGGAUGCCAGCUCUCUGAUGCCAUUGAUUUGACCCCCACCCCCACCCCCCCAUUCAGCCCUGUGGGGGGAGGGGCAGGAUUUAAUAACCUCUGACCUCCAAUGAUAAUUCCACAACCCCUCUAUGCUGCAAAACAAGACAGCACUGAACUGGACACACACACCUCUCUCUGCACACACUUCACACACACACAGUCAGUAAACCCAAUCUCAUCUGACCAAGCCACUGCAAUGGCCUGCACAGUUAUAUGGACUGUAUACAAAUGUUAAAGAGACUUGAACAUGGAUCGACCUCCUCCAUUUCCUCCUCCGCAGAGAUUAAAUGUAACUCAGUGUGACUGACCAAUCAAUUACCUUGUUCAUUGCCAUGACAACUGACAUGGUGAGCUCCCCGUGGCUGGAGGUGAUGCAGUGUGUUGGAGUUUCAACCUCAUGGCCACCGAUCCUGUCUAAAGAAGCAGAGCAACAAAACCAAUCACCAGUUGACUCCCCCUAGCAGAGCACAGGGAAGACCAGACAAGGAGGUUUGUCCACCGUGAUUGGCCGGCCCAGAUUGAUUCGCGCCACUGGCAACCACAGACUCGGCCAGCCCUCAGAGAAUAAACUGGCAUACAACAAAACAAAGCGAGAUAGCUAGAUUUUUAAAACAACCUUCCUUCAUCAUUCACCCAGUGGAUAUGUUGCUUUCUCUCGUGGUUCUGCCGUGAAAAUAACAUGUUUCAUGUGGCCUGUUGCUCUUGUGGCUCUAAAUGGUGUUUCUCCAGCAUAAACUGUUUAGAAGGGGGACCGAGAGCGCCUUUGGUCCCGCUCAUGAGGAGUUUAUUUUUGGCCGUUCCGCCCCCUCUCCUCCCAUGACUUGUCACUAGGCUCACCAAGGAGGGUGCAGGGAGUGCUUGUUUUUAAACGUCAAAAUCAGGUGUUUGCACAACAUGUGGUCUCUGACUGCAAUUAAAAAUCAGGAAAGUAUUGUUUUUAGAGAUUGUUUUUAGUACAAUUAUAACCUUGUUCUGUCGUGUUAACAAUCUCCCUCAUUCUUCCACUCGGAGACCCCUUCCCCACCUCCUUUUCCUAAUCCUCUUUCUCUUCCAUAUCCACCUCUUCUUCCUCCUCCUCUUCUUUGUCUUCUCCCUCCUUUUGCAACUCGUCCGGCUUGCUUGUCGUCCUCGUGUUGUCCUUCUCUUUGUCCUCUUCCUCCUUCCCCUCUUCAUCUUCUUCCUCUUCUACCCCCCUGUUCCUCCUCCUCGUGUCCUCUCUCUCUCUCUCUUGCUUUUUGUUUCUCCAAUGUGGUUAGAAAGUGCCCUUCAGCCCUGGUUCCAGGGUGAGCAUGGUUCUUUAGCUCAGGAUGGCUCUGGUUAGGGUUCCAUCAGGGACAACACAUCCUAGACCAGCAAAGGGGGGUGUUCUCUAAAGCCCCCUUUUCCUCCUCCAACUCCUUUUUCCUCCUCUCCCACUCCUUCCUGCUUCCUCCCUUAGUCACUUUAUUUCUCUCCCAGUAAUGGUGCAAUAGGACUUUCUGAAUGGGUGAUAAGUUAUUUGGGUCUGUGCCAUAGAUAUUGACAGUACAGUGGACCCACUAUAGAAACGCUGGUGUAUAGAAAAGGAAACCUCAGAAAUAAUCUACUAUUGAAGAGAUUAUAGAAGGCGAGUAUGUAACUUACUAAAAGUCAAAGAAAAUUCAAAUAGCACUUUUGCCUCUUCACGCAUUUGGCGAAGAAUGGGGGUAAUUAUUAUAUGGGUAUAUCUUUAUUUCUCUGUGUAAACAGUUGGAUGUGUGUGUGAAAAAUAUAUAUUUCCAUAAUAUGUGCAUAUAGAGGGUGUGUGUGUUUGUGUGUGUGUUUGGGCUCAUGCAUUCACAGUAUGGACGUUGACUGACCCCUUCUGGUUCUUUCACACAGCGUACAAUAAUACAUUAUCAACCUUAUUACAUAUAGUUUCUAUGGUCACACGAAGACUAUUGAAUGCUCUCUUGACUGUUAUAGUGUCAGGUAAUUCAGGAUUAAACACAAUUUAUCAGUUAUUCAAAUGCCAACAGGUGAAAGUCUACUUGACAUGCGUUAUACAUGCAUGUGCACACUCACACACACACGCACAGACAUAAAUACACACACAUGUAUGCGUGUCCACCGUAUGAUUGUGCUUAAAAAACUAUCCUUACUUUGGAGAAGGAAUUUUAGAAUGAGAGAGAUGGGUGUAAGCUCAUAAACAGGCAUGUUGACCAUGUGCAAUAUUUCUAAACAAAAAAAAACAACAAAAUAUUGAAAACAUUAAAGACCUAACACAAUA